AUAAUCACUGAGUGAAUCAGAAAUUAUACGUCAUAAUCACUGAAAAUUUCAGGGAUUAUACAUAAUCCAUGGUUUUACAUAUUCACUGUAACAUAUACAAUACAAGAUGUGUACAUUUACACUUGUCUGAUGUAGAAAAUAAAAUGAUUUGUGCAUGAACACUUACGUGAUGUGAAUAUACAUAAUUUGUAUAUCUACAUGUGUGUAAUGUGGAAAAUACAAGAUUUCUGCAUGACCACGUGUGGGAUAGAAAAUACAAGCUGUGUACAUGAACAUAUGUGUGUAGUGUAGAAAGCAGAGACAUGUACACGUGUGUGUGUGUGUGUGUGUGUGUGUGAAUGAAGGAGAAGAAGAGGAAGAGAGAGAGAGAGAGGUACGCGCCUAUAUAUUCGUUUGUUCGUUCACUUCUAUCAUGCUAUCACAUUCUUCAGACCCGACAAUCGAUACGAGCCGCUCCCUAGUAUAACAACAUCCACAACCCGCACUGAAUAAUGAUUUCAUCAUUUGCUGAACAAUUGCACCAGAUUACGACUGCAGUACACCGACAAACGCUUACGUGUACAUAAUGAUACAGUUGGGUCCUCGGCUGUCGUCAGCCAAUCAGACAACAGGAACCCCGCCUCGCUAACCAGUGGAUAUAGGCCACGCCACUCGCAGCGGCUUAUACCUACACUGGGAGAUAAAAUGGUUAUUUGUCUCCUGCUCUUGCCAAUAUGGCUUUAUAUAUCUCCAUGUAUGUAAUCUUCACACUGUAUUCUCCAUGAGAUAUCAAAGACGAUGGGGUAAUAUCCCAAAGGGCGACCAGGAACGACAACAGCCUCCCGCUGUAUUUCAUUGACAACGCAGAAUACGAGAUCUGCCCAGAAAUUUCAUUCUGCAAAGGUACCGUUAUUCUCACAAUUUCCGCCGAUUCAACAGAUUAAACAACAUGCGUAUUAUAUGUACACAUGUAGCGCUGUUGCUACUGACAACAUGUUGGCACGUGCAAGCUUGCAUAACUGCCCGGAAUGAGAUUCAAGAACCUGUUAUUGGAAUAGACCUGGGAACAGCCUUCACCUGUGUUGGCGUGGUUAGAAAUGACCAAGUUGAGAUCAUCCCCGACCAACAGGGGAACUGGAUCACCCCUUCCUAUGUAGCGUUUACCCCGGAUGGGGAGACUCUGAUCGGACACGCCGCCAAAAACCAAAUGACCACAAACCCGGAGAACACCAUCUUCGACGUUAAACGUCUCAUUGGUCGCACCUGGGAUGACCCGUCCGUGCAGAGGGACAUCAAACGAUUUCCUUUCAAGGUGAUACACAAGGAAAACAAGCCGUACAUAGAAGUCCGAGUUGGGUCAGAGGACAAGGUGUUCGCUCCUGAGGAGAUCUCGGCCAUGUUGUUGUCAAAGAUGAAGGAGAUGGCAGAGACGUACCUGGGAGAAAACGUCACCAAUGCUGUCGUCACCGUCCCCGCCUACUUCAACGACGCCCAGAGAACAGCAACCAAAGACGCCGGCACCAUCGCUGGGCUGAAUGUUCUGCGUAUUAUCAACGAACCAACUGCUGCCGCCUUUGCGUACGGUCUGGACAAGUUAGAUGGAGAAACGAACGUCCUGGUGUUUGACUUGGGAGUGGGAACGUUUGACGUGUCAAUCAUCACCAUCGACCAUGGCGUGUUUGAGGUGGUGGCCACCAAUGGAGACACACAUCUAGGCAGUCAAGACAUCGACCAGAGACUGAUAGAGUACUUCAUCAAACAAUACAAGACGAGGACGGGGCAGGACCUACUAAAGAACAGCGGGGCCACCCAGAAACUGCGUCGUGAGGUGGAGAAGGCGAAGAGAGCCCUGUCCUCCCAGCAUCAGACUCGGGUGGAGAUUGAGUCUAUCAUGGGUGGUCAUGAUUUCUCUGAAGUCCUCACUAGAGCUAAACUGGAGGAACUGAACAUGGACCUUUUCAAAUCAACUUUGAAUUAUAUGCAGUCGGCUUUGGAUGAGGCAUAUCUGAACAGGACGGAUAUCCAUGAGAUUGUUAUGGUCGGAGAAUCAAGUGAGAUACCCAAGAUUCAACAACUGGUGAAGGAGUUCCUUGAUGGGAAGGAACCAAACAGAGGCAUCAACCCUGAAGAAGUUGUAGCUUACGGAGCCGCUGUUCAUGGAAGAGUCAUGGCUGAGGAUGGCGACAACGACAUCAUACUCUGCGACUCCAGCCCAUUGAGUCUCGGAAUUGAAACCAUUGGCGGCGUCAUGGCAAAGGUCAUCGGGCGUAACUCAUUUAUUCCCACCAGGAGAACAGAGCAGUUUACAACAACAGAACACGACCAGGAUGAAGUGACAAUUCGGGUCUAUGAAGGCGAGAGGGCCAUGACAAAGAACAACCUUUUCUUGGGACAAUUUGACCUUACAGGUAUUCAGCCUGCGUCUAGAGGGGUCCCUCUGAUUAAUGUUACCAUUGAAAUAGACGUGAAUGGUAUUGUGUACGUAACAGCUGAAGAAAUAGGAACUGGAAAUAAGAACAACAUUAUCAUUAAGUAUGACGUAGCGGAGAGGCCUUCUCCUGAAUAUUUGGAGAAGAUGAUUCAAGAUGCUGAAGAGUUUGCCGAUGAGGACAAGGAGAUGAUGGAGAAGGCGGAAGCUGACCUCAGAGCUGGGGAUAAAUGGACAAGCAGGAAGGCUGUGAGAAGGAAACCCAUCUUACCAGGUGACCCGGAGAUCGUUUCCCGUGAUGAGCUCUGAGGGAAGAAUCGGAACAGGAAGAUGAGACAAUAAUACUGGAAACUAAAGACACAUGGAUGUCGUUCGGAUGGAACCACUGCAUCUUAUAAUAUCAGACAACGCUGAGAACGUUUAACGUGAAGAGAUUUAAAUAUCUUUGGAACUGAAUCAAUAUGGAACUGGUAGGGGUAGAGUGUGUAUUGCCUGUUGGUAUAUGUGCCUGUGCGUGUAUUUGUGUCUGUGUAUCUCCCGCUGUGUGUUUGAUGUGUGUGUGUGCGUGCAUCCCUUCAUUUAAACUGUGAAGCGAUGAAAUGUUUCACAUGUCCUGGCUUUAUAGAGAAUAUAUUGUAUUUGCUGAGACGACGCUUAAUUUAGUGGACGAGUGGGAUGUGUUCUAGCCACACACAUAUGAAAUAAUUCUCAAUAAGUAAUGAAUCAAGUAAUGAAUGAAAUUGUGACAUAAUGAAUGAAGCAAUAAUUUAAUUUAUGACUGAAGUAAUGACGUAAUGAAUGAAGUAAUCAAAGACGUAAUGAAUAAGAUAAUGAAGUUCAGAAUAGAGUAAAGAAGUAAUGAAAGACUAAAUGAAUAAAGGCAGCAAUGAAUCAAUGGAUGGAUGAGUCAUGUUUAUGUAAACAUAGAAUUAAGUAACAAAUGGUCAACAAACACACAAACACAUGCAUAUAUACAAUAUGGGAAUUGUUAGGUUUUUUUAAUGAAAGUGUUAUCAGUUUUCCAAAAAUGCACAUAAUAUAUUUUUAUGUUUUUAUCAAUGAAUGAAAGGAGUAAAGAAAUAAUGGAUGAAUGAAUGAAGUAAAGAAGUAAUGAAUGAAGUAGGGAAGUAAUGAAUGAAGUAAGGAGUAAUUGAUGCAUGAUGUAAAGAAGUCACAAAAGAUGUAAUGAAUGAAUGAAGUAAACAGGUAAUAAAUGAAUGGAUGAAAGUAGUAAUGAAUGAAUGAAUGAAGUUGAGUAUGACGUCAUGCUGAAUGAAUAAAGUAAAGAAGUAUUGAAUGAAUGAAUAAAUGAAGUAGAGAAGUAAUGAAUGAAUGAAUUUACGUAGUAAUGGAUCAAGGUAUACCCUUCGAUUGCAUGCAUGUAUACAUAGAUGAAGUCCCUACCUGCGACUGUAAAACCCCACUCGGAAGAUGAGACAAUAAUGCUGGAAAGUAAAGACACAUGGAUGUCGUGCGGAAGGACACACUGCAACUUAUACUAUAAGACACAUCUAAGAACGUUUAACGUGAAGAGAUUUAAAUAUCUUUGGAACUGAAUUCAUAGGGAACUGGUAGGAAUGAGUGUGGAAUUGCUUGUGGGUCUAUGUGACUGUGCGUGUGUAUGUGUGUCAGUGUAUGCGCAUCUCCCUUCGUUUUAAACUGUGAAGAAAUGAAAUGUUUCACAUGUCCUGGCUUUGUACAGAAUACAUUGUGUUUGCUGAGACGACGCUUAAUUUAGUGAACGAGUCUGGUGGGUUCUAACAUAUAGCCUUACGCCACAUAUGAAAUGAUUAAGUAAUGAAUGAAGUAAUGAAUGACGUAAUGAAUGAAGUAAUCAAGUACAGGAUAGAGUAAAAAGUAAUGAAAGAAUGAAUGAUGAAUGACUGAAUGAAGUAAAGAAGUAAUGAAUGAAUGGAUGGAUGUAUGUAUGGAUAAGUCAUGUUUAUGUAAUUAUAUGAUUACGUAGCAACAUAUAUACAAUAUGGGAAGUGUAAGUAGUUUUCAAUGAAAAUGUAUUUUUGUUAAGUAUGCACAUGUAUUUUUCAUGUUUUUAUUAAUAGAUGAAUAUAGUAAUGAAUGCAUGAUAUAAAUAAGGUAUGAACGAAGUAAUGAAUGGAGCAAAGAAGUAAUGGAUGAAUAAAUGAAGUAAAGAAUGAAUAUGUGAAUGAACGAAUGCUGUAAAAAGUAAUAAAUGGAUGAAGGAAGAUGUAAAUAUUUAAUUAUGAAGCAAAGAAGUAAUGAAUGAAUGUAUACCAUAUAGGUCCGAUUACCUGCCUGUCUAAUAGAACUUGCCACGUGAUGUUCCUGCAACUGUAAAACCAGCGUAAAACCUCGUUCAGUCCAUUCCAUAAAGCUGUGAAAUAUACAUGAAGUUGUACAAUACUCCAGUUGAUGUUGCUAUGCCAUGUACUUUCAGCGGUCCGUUCUGUGGUGUGCAACCCUGUGUUGUAUAUGUGACCUGGUAAAAUAUAAUAGUUGCAGGUGAAGCAGGGCGUGAAGUCAUCCCACAGAAGACACCAUAACCUUGUCAGUAUGCUGACUGGGUAUACAUUUGUGAUAUGAUACAUUUGUCUUAACUGUCCUAUUUUCUGAUAAAUUUCACGAUUAGUGGUUAGCUAAAUGGCGUUCUGUUGUUGAUAUCAUCAGGUUGAUUACAAAGCUAGCAUUGUCUUUGUGUACAAACACACACUGACAAGAGCGCACACGCAUACGCACACGCCCAGCCCCACACGUCCUUGUGAAAGUGCUUUAAGCAAAGAUCAACCUCUCUCCGACUCUCUCAACCCCCCAGUCCCAAUAUCCACCCUCACACCGAUAUCUUCGAUGAUGCCCAAAAGCGAAAACACUACGCCAUAAGAAUAAUAGAUGUCUGUAUGUCGUACGUACAUACUACCAAGCUGUUUGUGAGCGUGUGUGAAUAAUCCUUGUCUGUAGUUUAUCUUAUGACAGAAGUUAUUAUUCACGGUUUGUCCACACAUUGAGUUAUU